UCCGGUGUCAUGGUGGACAUAGAGACAGUUUAUUCAUUUUUCUCCUUUAUUGCACAUAUUUAAGAAUACCGUCAAAGAGUCCAAGUGUAAAUUUCUACUGUUAUUAAUAGGAAAAUUUCCUCAUAAGAUAUACAAACAUGCCUGUUUACAUCCGUAAGAAUGUGAGUUACACACCACCUUCCCUUGAUAAAUUACCACAGGAAUCUGAAGAUGAUUAUGUUAACGAUCCAGAGUUACUCAAAGACAUCCUUCCACAACCAUAUCGCAUGAUUGAUAAAACUCUUAGAGAAUUGAUAGAUGAUUCAUGGGAAGUAAUUGCUGAGCGCGAGAAACGGAGAUUAGAAGAAGCAAGUAAAGUGAGGCCACCACAGUAUGAAAGUUCAGUUGAACUUGAGGCAGUUAUUCCAGCAACUCAGUAUCCAGAAAAACAGAAAUUUUGCUAUUCAACAUGCAUGACUAACUCCCCAGAUGGACAAUAUAUAUUUGUUGGACUUCCCUGUGGUUUGGUUGUAACUGAGGCUGCUACCCAACAGACUAUCAGCAGCUGGGAGGCAGAAAAUGCUGAAAUGUCAUACAUUAAAUCCUACACAUUGGCACCUCAGGUUUACAUGAUAACUACCAUAGAUGACAUGGGGGUAGGAAGACUGUUUGCAUUUUCCCAAAGUGCUAACAAGUUAUUCUUGGUCAAAGUUCUAAAUUCUCAGGAAUCUGACAACAAGCUACUGGUCAGUAAAAUAGAGGCAUCAACAGAUGGGGACUAUAUGGGCGUGGUCAUGGAAAAUCCAUCAAGUCAUGACAUGUGGUUAGAAGUUCACAAGUUGCCAAAAGAUACAUGGGUCAGUGACCUUGAAACAAUAACAGCAGCUAUUAAAAAGAAAGAAGACAAGGAGAAGAAAGAGGAGGCCAUGUCAGAGAUGGAUGCGGAAUCUGUUGCCCCUAGUGAUGUGGCCCCCAGCAAAGCUGAUACAGAUGAACCAAGUGUUAUAUCUGUGGCUAACUCCGUGGCUCCUCUAGAUACUGCUGAACAGUCUCAGUCCAGACCAGCCAGUGGAAAGUCCUUGCAGGGUUCUGAGUCCAAUAACUUGGGCACAGAUCCCACAAUGUUGAAUUUAGAUACACCAAGAGAUCCUUUGUCCGGUGAAUAUAAGUUUGGGUCACCACAGCUGGUCAUGAAGGUUAAACCAUCACCUCCUCUUGCAGGUUCAUCAGUGGCCAAUCUUCUAGCUACAUGUCAGAAAGUUGAGAGUAAUGAUGUGAUUGGUACAGGACAUAACUUACUGUUUACACAAGCUCACCUUGAUCUACGGCAGUCAGUAUUUGAUCAUAUCCAUGACAACCUUCUCAAAUAUCUCCCUGAAGAUGACGAAAAUAUGGAAAAAUUACAACAGUAUCCAAACUUUCAUUUCCUGACAGCUGGUCGCAUGUUACCACAGGGAUUGGAACAAGUCAGUCUAGAGGGGAGACCAACAACUGUGGCAGUCUGGUGGCCAGGCUCCACCACUUUGAUGCAGUAUUCAUUAAUAAAGACAUCUAAAGAUAUAGAGUUCAAACCAGAUCUUGUUUGGCCUUUUACGUGUAAAAUCACAAGUUCCGAGGUUUCUCCUGACACCAAUGUGAUAGCUAUUGGACUGGAAAAUGGAAAUUUGGUUGUGUGGGACAGACAUAUGGGUACACAGAGGGGAGUUGUGAAUGUUCAAGAGAAUUCUCCUGUUGUCCAGAUAAGGUUCUUGGAUCCGGCACUGUAUCCCCAGGAUCCCCCAGCCUAUCCCCCAUACCCUACCAGUACAGGGACCUAUAUACUAGUGAUGUGUGCAAACAGCGCCCUCUAUACAGUCUCUACUGGGACAGCUGCUAUACCACUACAAGUCAACACUAUCUCACUGCCGGUAGAAAAUGACAAUGAUACCAUCACUGUGCUACAACCAUUUGAUACUCACCCUGAUAUGUUGCUGACUGUUACUAGGAAGGGAGAUAUUCAAAUUAGAGACACUCUACAGGGAACCAUUCUGUGUGAGAUUCAGCUUCCUUCAACACAUGAACUGUCUUCACCUUGGGAUCCUGUCCUUGCAGUGGGAGGUCAAGGUCAAAAUAUGUAUGUUAAAGGAAAUCAGAAGCCUGUAGAUGAGGAGAGCAGUGAGAUAGAUGCUGACACUAGUUUACAGACUGGUGUAGUGUUUGUUUACCAGUUGAGAUCAUUCCCGUCACUAGACCAGUACUGGAAAAUAAAGAGGUCCAGUCAACCAUUCACUGUACAUACAACAAUAGAGGAGAGAGUGGAUUCUCUACUAGCAGAAAGAAUUGCGUUACAAGCAAUGAGGAAGAAUAGGAUGCAGGAUAGAUGGGCGAUGUUGAAAGAUGAGAUAAAUAACAUCCAUUCAAUCAAAGAGAUUGCUAGAAUUAAUGCUACUAAACGCAAUAUAGUGCUACCACUACCUUGAAUGCUUGGAUGAAACAAAAUAAAAGAUGACUCCUGGAUCAGUAGGACUUCCAGUAAAACCAUUAGUUUGACCUGUUCAACCAGCAUUGAUUCUUUCACCAUGAACCAUUCACCUGUGACCUUUACAAGGGUUCUCCUGUGACCUUUACAAACAUAAUGUUUUGAACUUUGAGUAUUGUGAAUAAGUUUUAAGAUACUGAAAGUUUGAAUCUCCUGAACAAUUUGGACUUGUUUAUUUAUAGUUUAUUCAUUUAUAUGUAGAUAAGGUUAAAUUUAGCAAAGAUUUAACCUUAUCUACAUAUAGAUAGACCUACAAAUAUAUCCUGUUAGGAUGAGAUUUAAUUUGAUUAAAAUCAAAAACUGUGCAAGAUUUUUAAUGUACAUUUAUACUGUGCCUAAUGUAUCUAAAUCAAUCUUUUGAUUGUAACAAUGAUAAGCUUACAUUUAAAGUCAUAAAUACAAAUUCUAUGAUACUUGUGUUUAAAAAGUUGUAUAUGAUGAACAAAGACAAAAACUUGUACUUUUACUGAUGAUGUGGUUGCAUGGAGUUUUUAAAUGAUGGUAUUUUUUGGUAUUAAAAAUAUCCAGUACUGUACUGUGGACCUUAUAUCUGGUAUAUUCCAGCUUUAUCUGUAACUUUAUUUUGCAUUUUUACAAUUUUAUUAUU